AUGAACGUUUAUGUAUUUUUGCUGUUAUUGGGGUCUGUUUCUGUCAGCAUCAUUGCCCAGGAUGUGGAGGACCCCAGACAGACUGUGGUGGUAGAUUUAGGAGCCAAUCAGCGGCUGAAGGGACUCAAUGUCAGCUCACCGUCUAGUGUCAAGGUGUACAUGUUUUACGGGAUACCUUAUGCAAUUCCACCAGUAGGUAAUCUCAGAUUUCAGCCACCAAAACCAGCCCUCAACUGGUCGGGGAUCAGAGACGCCGUCUCGCAGAGUGCAAUAUGUAGUCAGUUUACGUUCGAUAAUCUAACCUCCGUGAAAUCAGAAGACUGCCUCUAUCUCAAUGUGUUCACACCGGAUGUAAAUGCUUCACUUCCGGUUCUCAUGUGGAUCCAUGGGGGUGCCUAUCGUGGAGGUUCCGCUUACAGCGAUGUUGAUGGUGCUACCAUGGCGCCUCAAGGGGUUGUAGCGGUGACUAUCAACUACCGACUCGGAGCUAUGGGCUUUCUGUCCACCGGUGAUGAUGUCAUGCCAGGAAAUUAUGGGAUGUUAGACCAGGUACUUGCUCUAAAGUGGGUUCAGAAAUACAUUUCAGCAUUUGGUGGAGAUCCUUCACAAGUGACCAUUGGUGGGCAAAGUGCAGGGGCUUUCAUCGUGUCCCUUCUUGUAGUUUCCCCGUUAACAAAGGGACUGUUUAUAAGAGCCAUAAUGGAAAGCGGUUCCUCGCUGUCUCUUAGCGCGGUAGAAAGGAUGGGAUCUGGAAAUCAAGUCAGGGAUUCCACGUUGAGAUCUGCAGAGCGUGUAGGAUGCAACCAAACGACUUCUGCUGAGGUUUUACAGUGUCUUCAAGAAGUUAAUGUUGAUGAACUGAUGUUGGCAACACUUGACGCUAGUCUUGUUCCUAGAGUCGAAUCGAAAUUUGGGUUUUUGCCCGAUUAUCCUUUAAAUUUGCUGAAAGCUGGACAUUACAACAAAGUGGACACUCUACAAGGAACCAACUCCGGAGAAGGGUCAGCGUUCAUGCAGGAUCCCGAAGACGAUGGUGUAACAAGACAAGAGUUUCGAAAUGCCGUUAAAAGUCAAUUAGAAAGCUUCAGCAACACCGAAGAGCUUGUCCAGGAGCUAGUCGAUGCUUACACAGGCAAUGAGACAGACCCAUUGGUGCUGAGAUCAAUCCUCGUUCAAGAGCUUGUAGACUGGGUUUUUGGGGGCGGUAGUCUUACAGAAAUAAUCAAGUACACAAAGACUCCGGAUGUAGCAACCAAACAUUUUCUCUAUCAAUUUUACUACAGAAUAAGUGGCACAAAGACGCCCGCCUGGUGGGGCGUCGACCACUCAGCUGAACUGGGGUUUGUAUUUUAUCCCAAUUCCCGCUACAAUUACUCUACAGCAGACGAUAGGGCGGUAGGUCGUCAAGUUCAGACAAUGUGGGCAAACUUCAUCAAAUAUGGUGACCCUACUCCCACAAGCGUUCAGACAUCUACAGGAGGACCUAAGCUUGUGAAGUGGGAGCCGUUUACUCCAGACCAGCCUAAUUUACUGGAGAUAAACGUAGUGUCCAAGCUUGUGACUUACCCAAGACCCUUGUUGAUUAACUUGUAUGAGAAAAUUAUAGAGCUUGCAAACACACCCGUACAAAGGAUUCCCAUUGUUGGGUAG